AUGCAAGCACACUCAGCAUUUCAAGAGCUAGUUAAUACAUGUUUUACAGAUUUGAAUCAAUCACUUGAAGUAAAGAUUCCCCUUAUAGAUUUAAAGAAAUCCUACCUUUAAAUUGAUGUUGCCAUUACCUCUCUAGAAGAAAUGCAUCAAUUUUAGCCAACACAAUAUUUUCAGUAACAAGUCCAUCAAUAAUUGUCAACACAUAAAUUUUUCUCGCUGAAGUUGGAAGACCCCAUCAAUCUUGAAGUGAAUAGAUUUCAACUUUUGAAAACAGAAGUGUAACAUGUAAAAAAAGAAGAAGAUGAAGUAACCUAUGUAAGGAACGAUGAUUUGUAUGAUGUAUUGACUUAGGCAAAGUAUAUUGAUUAAUCAUUCCUCAAAGGGAUAUUAGAAACGCCCAGGAAAGGUAUAAUAACAGAUUACUUCGAUUAUCUUUCAAAUUUGAUGAAUAAAAAUCAAUCCAACUUUACAUAUAUUGUUGAUGUUAUAAAAAAUAUAGGUGAAAUAGACUUUAAUAAAAAAAAUUACUCUUCAGAUGAGAAUGAAUAACUUAGAAAGGAUUUUAUAUAAAGAAUCCAUUGGGACAUGCAGAUAAUUGAAAUUUUGAAAUUCCUUGUUCGUCUGACAGCCAUUGAUGAAAGAUUCAUCUAAUGUGGAUCCAAUUCACUCAAUAUAUUGGUAGAGAUGAAGGUUGAUUUACGAGAACAGAGCUUUGAGAAUAUCAAGAUUCGAGAUACUUCUUUAAUUGGAGCAAAUAUGGUAAGGUGCAAUUUGAAUGGAUCUAGAUUUGAGAAUGUAGAUAUUAGUGGAAUCAACUUAAAUGGUGCUUAAUUAUUUAAUUGUAAAUGGAAGAAUAUAAAAAUACAUGAGUUAAAUCAAUUAGAAGGUCAUACAGCAUGUGUAAAUUCAGUCUGUUUUUCUCCUGAUGGUGCAAUGUUAGCGUCUUGUGGUUAUGAUAAGUCUAUUCGCUUAUGGGAUAUUAAGACAGGAAAAUAGAAGGUCAAAUUAGAUGUUUGUACCCAUUAUGUCAUGUCAGUUUGUUUCUCUCCUGAUGGCUCAACGCUAGCGUCUGGUGGUUAUGAUAAAUCUAUCCGUAUAUGGGAUGCCAUAACAGGAAGGUAAUAUUUGAAACUUGAUGGUCAUACUAGAGAAGUUAUGUCUGUAUGCUUCUCUCCUGAUGGUACUUCUUUUGCAUCUGGCAGUCAUGAUAGCACUAUACGUUUCUGGGAUUUUAAAGCAGGAUAAUCAAAAGCCAUAAUAAAUACUCAUACUAGAGGAAUUCUAUCAAUUUGUUUUUCUCUUGAUGGAAGUACAAUAGCAUCUUGUGGUUAUAAUAAUUCUAUCCAUUUAUGGGAUGUAAAAACAGGAGAAUAAAAAGCCAAAUUAGAUGGUCAUACCGAUAAUGUACAUUCAGUUUGUUUCUCUCCAGAUGGAACUACAUUAGCAUCUGGUAGUUCAGAUAAGUCUAUCCGUUUAUGGGAUGUUAAGACAGGAUAAUAAAAAGACAAAUUCGAUAGGCAUACUUGUUAUGUUCUAUCAGUGUGUUUCUCUUCUGAUGGAAAUACAUUAGCAUCUGGUAGUUAUGAUAAAUCCAUCCGAUUAUGGGAUGUUACAACAGGACAAGAGAAAGCUAAAUUCGAUGGUCAUGCUGGUUCUGUAUAUUCAGUUUGUUUCUCUUCAGAUGGUAAUACAUUAGCAUCUGGAAGUGAAGAUCACUCUAUCUGUUUAUGGGAUGUUAAGACAGGAUAAUCGAAAGUCAACUUCGAUGGUCAUACUAAUAAUGUAUAUUCAGUUUGUUUUUCUCCUGAUGGCACUACAUUAGCAUCUGGUAGUGGUAAACCAUAUGGAAUUGAAGACAACUCUAUUCGUUUAUGGGAUGUUAAGACAGGAUUGUAAAAAGCAAAAUUAGAAGGUCAUUCAAGUUAAGUUUAUACAGUCUGUUUCUCUCCUGACGGUACUACAAUAGCAUCUGGUAGUUAUGAUAAAUCUAUCCGAUUAUGGGAUGUCAAGACAGGAUAAUACAAAGGCAAAUUAGAUGGUCAUUAAGGUUGCGUAAAAUCAGUAUGGUUCUCUCCUGAUGGCAUUACAUUAGCAUCUGGUAGUUAAGACUAUUCUAUUCGUUUAUGGGAUGUAAAAACAGGAGAACAAAAAGCAAAAUUUGAUGGUCAUACUAGUGAUGUUAAUUAGAUCUGUUUCUCUCCUGAUGGCAGUACAUUAGCAUCUGGUAGUUAAGACUAUUCAAUUCGUUUAUGGGAUGUAAAAACAGGAGAAUAAAAUGCCAAAUUAGAUUGUCAUUCAAGUUAUGUUUAUACAGUUUGUUUCUCUCCUGAUGGUACUACAUUAGCAUCUGGUAGUUAAAAUAGAUUAAUCUGUUUAUGGGAUGUUAAGACAGGAUAAUAAAAAGCCAAAUUUGAUGGUCAUAGUAAUUGUGUUCAUUCAGUGUGUUUCUCUCCUGACGGUAAUAAAUUAGCAUCUAGUAGUGGUUAACCAUUUGGUAAUGAAGAUAACUCUAUUCGCUUAUGGGAUGUUAAGACAGGAUAACAAUAAGCCAUAUUAAAUGGUCAUUCAAGUUAUGUUUAUACAGUCUGUUUCUCUCCUGAUGGUACUACAUUAGCAUCUGGUAGUGGAGAUAGCUCUAUCCGCUUAUGGGAUGUUAAGACUGGAAUAUAAAAAGCCAAAUUAAAUAUUCAUAUUAGUCACUUAGAAUAAGUUUGUUACUUCCUUGAAGGUAAUACAUUAGCAUCUGGCCACGAGCAUAAGUCUAUCUGGUUAUGGGAUGUUAAGACAGGAUACUAAAUUCAACCUUCAGAUAAUCGAUAUAAAGUUCUUCUAACAUAAUUUCCACCCCUUAUCUUUGAAAACAACAUUCUUUCAGACAAAGGUAAACAAUUUUUCACUAAUUUUAGCCACAUCUUACUUUACUAUCCUUUUAAUUUCGCAGUAGCUAAAAUUUUAAUCUUAAGGUGCUCUAAUCUUAAAAGGAGAAUUUGUUAAUCAAUCAGGCAUAGACUUGAGGACAUUAUUUUAAUAAAGAGGAAGCUGCAUUUUAGAAAACUAUUUUGGAUUACAACAACAAUAAAAUUGA